AUGCACCCAUUUGCGCCUCCGCCUCACUGGCCGCCUCCACGCUAUCCACAAGGCUUUCCAGCACAACAGCCCUUUCCGCAGUCGCCAUGCAUGGGCCACGGCUAUCCACACCCAGGCGCAUCAUAUCCAGGAGGCUGCACUGGAAUCCCUCCACAGAUGACUGUUCCAACACCUCACAGCCUCAACACCCCUCCUUCAACUUUUGUCGGCAUUCGACCACCUAAUGCAAUUCCCGGCGUAAUGCCCGGUCCGAUUCCUGGUGCCCUGCCUGGUGCCAUGCCGGGUGCAGGCCCGGGUGGAAUGCCCGGCCCAAUUCCAGGCACCGUCCCCGGCGCAAUGCCAAAUGCAGUGCCUUCUUUCGCAGCACAACCUCCCCCAGUCCAACCUGCAGCACAUGCGAUGCCACCUCAAUCGUCCUUCACAUCUCCGCCACCUGCCCCGCCCAUGCCUCCACCGGCGUCUCCACGACCACCCGCCCCAGCACCAUCUGCCAAAGACAGCGCAGAGGGUGCCAAAGCCGGCAGCGAGUGGACCGGUCAAUCUUUCGAAGAUACCAUCGGUGAAGCGAAACGGCGUGCAGAAGAGGCCAGGAAAAAGUUCGAUGAGGAGCAGCGAAAGUCUCGUCGCACCCAUCGUGACGGUGAGGAGCGGCCUCCGGCUUCCGAGGAGGAGCUCUUGGAGCUGCAGGCCUGGCUCUCGAAGUUCACUUUGGACUCCAAGGCCCUCAACGCGCUGAAAAGCCUCGAUGUCAAAGAUGCGGUGCACGCAUUGAAGGAGCUGGAGCAGAAAGGGCCCGGCAUCCGGAAUCCUUCCGCCUGGAUCUGCAAAACUGCGCAGAAUGUCCGAGAGAGGCGGGGUCUGCCACCGCUGCCAGAAGAGGAGAAGGAGAAGGAGCAGGAGAAAGAGAAGAAGAACGAUUUGGGCAUUGUGGACCACUAUGGAGCGCUGGAAGUGGCCGAAGACGCAGACGAGAAAGACAUCAAGAAGGCCUACAGGAAGUUGGUGCUCAAGUGGCACCCCGACAAGCAUCCAGAGGGCCGAGACGAGGCAGAAGAGAAGAUUCGCGCCAUCAACAAUGCUUACGAGACACUCAGCAAUGCCACAAAGCGCGCUACAUACGAUGCGCAGCGCCAGGCGUUGCUGCGCUCCAGUCGUGGGCAAGGUCCAGACCUGAAGGCACAGAAUUUGGCACCACGGCAGCGUAUUCCCCGGGAGUUUAUGUUGCAGCCCAUCGGGUCUCCAAACAAGUUCGUGCGCUACGGUGAUGAGCGUGCAAGAGCUCAAUGCGAGGUCAAUUCACGUGCGGAUGCCCGUCUCGAUGGCAAGAGUGGGUUGGAUCAGUUCGUGCCAUUCUUCAAAGCGGCGAAGCUUUCUCUGUGGUGGCUACCAGAUGUCAACAACAUGUGCCGCAUCCGCGCAUUGGAGGCGAGGACUCGGUCGAGUGCCGGUGAGAAGGUUGUCGCUGGGCGCCCCGGCGGCUUCAAUCUGGCUUUCGAGAUUGAUGUCAAUGACCAUCGCGAAUCGGAUCUGCGACUGGUGGAGGCUGGGAAGGGAGAGAAGAAUGAAAACGUCAAUUUCAUCGUCAUCUCCAGUCCGCUGUAUGACAAUGCCUUCCGUUUCGAAGCAGCGUUCCGUCGGGGCUACUUCUUGGCGUUCCGUCCGCCGACGCAACUGAGGAUGAUCCCGUACAGUGGUGGGCCACUGCCCAAAAAGGUCAUCAUUGACUUCACACUCGUCGAUUUCCAGGCAAUGUUCAAGUUUAUCGAUAUCGAGGAGGUUCUAAGGCCCGCCAUCGAGAAGAAGGGCGGCUGGGUCACCUUCGAGGAAGUGAAAGCUGACGCGAAUGUGGUCGCAUACUUUGGAAACAUCUUGCAAAAGCCAAUGUGGGACGAUGACGACUUUCAGACCUACUUCGAGGGCCACUUCGAGAUGUGGGAGUUUCGCUGCACCGACAGUGGGCCCGAAGUCAGGCUCCGUGGUGUGGAUGAGCGAUUGGGAUACGCACUUGAGCGCGCCAAGGAUCCUGAUGUGGCUGCUGAACUGGUUGUGACGGCCGGGGACGAGCUCAAAGGCUUGCACUGGCGCUAUGUGCUCCCAGUCUUCGAAGUGCUGAGCCGCGGUCAGAGUGACGACGUCUCAGCCGUGGUGCAGCGCAUGGAGGCACAGCGCCAACUGCUUGCCUCGCUCCUGGGUGGCGUGCUGUCGACAGCUGGCGAGGCGGACUUGGCGGAUUUAGCUCGCUUCGCCCGCGCCUUGCAGCCUCUCAGCGAGGGCACGGCACCCGAUGUUGCGAACAGGAGCACCGAAGCUUGCAGCAUGCUGUCGAAGCUGGUCCUGGCCAGGGCGGCUGCUGCGGAGAAGGGCACAGUGGCAGAUGUCGUGAAGCUUGACGAUCUGCGGAUCGUGCUGAUGCUGCCCGGGAUGUCCUCGCACAGCAAUAUCCUGGCCAGGAUCACGUCGCCGCCCCUUGCCGAGGCUCCACUGGCCAAGAUCCUCGAAGCGACUUCGGCUGCAGCAGCUGCCAAAUCCAUGGGCUUCGCCAAGGAGGCCGCCCAGUUGGCUCUUCACCAGGUUGGUCGUAUUGGCACGUCGCCGGCCGCGGUUCACAGUGUUGUGCUGGCGCUGGCCAACAACGGCCUGUUGCUCGACGGCUGCGCAUCCCUUCUGGCACAGCACUGUGCUCUGCUCCCGACUGAGGAUCUGGCUUCUGCGGUGGCUGCCGUUGGAGAUCAGGGCCACGAAGGACCGCAGCUCGUCGCAGCAUGCAAGAACCUCGCAGGCAGAGGAGCGGCGGACUUCGCAGCGCUGUCUUUUUCUCGUCUCCAAGCUCUCGCGGUCGCAGCAACGAAGUCGGGUUCAUUGUCAUUCUGCAGUUCUGCGGUGAUGGAUGCGGCCGUGCAGGUGCUGAGCCAGUGGCAGGCCAGCGAGGCCAUUCGCUUGGUCUUGGCACUGGCGAAGCCGCGGCGAACAGAGGGCAAGGACGAAGCCCCGGAAGUCUCCUCAGCACUUUGGGCUUCACUGCUCUCUGCCACUGCGGCGAAGGUGCGUCCCGCAUUGUCUGAGCUUCCAGCUGCGGAGCUGAUUCGAUUGGCCCUCGCUGCAAAGACCCAUGCGGAACAGGGCGGCAAGGAGCUGCUCGAAGGAGUUGCCGUGGAGGCGGUGAGGCGACUGGCCGACUUGCCUCAGGCACACCUCCUCCUGCUCACUCAAGGUCUUACGCCGCUGGGUGGAAAGCAUCCGAAAGUCCGAGAAAUCUGCAACUACUGGAGCGAGGUCCUCGGCGAAGACCCGGAGAAAGGCGAUGAGGUCUCCAAACGGCGGAAGGAAGUGGAGCGUGGCCAAGCGCUGAACGGAGACCAGGUAGCGAAGCUGGCGCUUAUCUUCGAAGCUCUGUCUUCCGGUUUGGACACGGCAACCUCUGACCGCUGUUUCUCCAGCCUGGGGAAGCAAAUCCUUCUGCUGACGAGGUCUUCACGGAGCUUGCCGGCAGCAACUCGCGAGACAUUGCUGGACCAGAUAAGAAGGGGUCAAGGCAUUGGUCUUUGGGAGUCCGGACGCGAAGCUUGGAUGUCACCAGACAGUGAGUGCCUGGACCUGGGAGUAAACCCCCUGUGCUUGGGAAGCCCUUUGCCAUGCAAGAACAAGUGGACAUGCCCCACACCCUGUCGUUCACACACCGUGUCGUGCAGUACUAUCUGUUCAGAGUCUCUUGCCAGCGCAUGA